AUGGCCGCCGUUGAAGCCACGAAGACUUUUGAUACAAACGGCGAGGCGGACCCAAAGAGCACCAAGAUCCGCGAGGAGUCUGCUGUCCCUUAUCGUGGCCCUCCCCUGCCCUCUGUUCCCGAUGAUCUAGUUGUACCUGGUAUCUUCGACCUCGACUGUGACGAAAGGCUCUGGGUUCCACAAGCACCAGACGUUUGGUUUCGUCCUCUCCUUUUCUCAGUUUCGCAAGGAUAUUUUGUCAAUAUCCUGCGGGUCCGCAAGUCCGGUAUUCUGUCUCGCCAUCGACACGCUGGCCCUGUUCACGCUACGGUCCUCAAGGGACGGUGGCACUAUCUGGAACACCCGUGGUGGGCUACUGAGGGUGGUUAUGCAUUUGAGCCUCCUGGUGAUAUCCACACCUUGGAGGUCCCGGACGACGUGAAAGAGAUGGUGACGAUGUUCCAUGUCACUGGCGCUUAUAUUUACGUGGAUCCUGAUGGCAACCCAGUAGGCAUCGAGGAUGUCUACAGCAAGUUAGAGAAAGCAAAGGCACACUAUGAGAGUGUUGGUCUUGGGGCAGAUUUUGCAGACCAGUUCAUUCGGUGA